ACCUUCUCAACCUGAUGUUCCCAGUGGUUUUUGCUGUACUCAAAUCCAAACUUCUGGCACAAUUUCCAGUGAAUAAUCUUAGUAACGCGGUCAUGGCGUUGCAGAACUUUGCAAGUUGAUGCUCUCCAAAGAUGGCCACUGUUGGGUUGAUGUCCUCCUGCGCAUGUUCUCGUUCCCUGGUACCUUUACUUAGGUUGGGGAUCCCCAAAACAUGUUCCUCCCAGUUACACACGACAGCCACGUCCGCUUCAAAAGAUUACUACGAGGUGCUGGUGCUUGGUGGAGGCUCCGGGGGGAUCACGAUGAGUGCCCGGAUGAAACGGAAAGUAGGAGCUGACAAUGUGGCUGUGGUGGAACCCCAGGAGAAACACUAUUAUCAACCUAUUUGGACUUUAGUUGGAGCUGGGGCAAAACAAUUGGCCACUUCAGGGCGUGCGACAGCCAGUGUUAUUCCUUCAGGGGUAAAGUGGAUCCAGUCCAAGGUGGAAAAGUUGGAUCCAGACAACAACUGUGUCUAUUUGGGGAAUAAUCAAAAGAUCAAAGGCUUGCCUGAGGGUUUUAAGUUUCCUAAAAUUGGUUCCAAUUAUUCCAUUCACACAGUGGAGAAAACAUGGAAAGCUCUUCAGGAUUUCCAGGAAGGAAAUGCCAUUUUCACCUUUCCAAACACUCCGGUGAAAUGUGCAGGGGCGCCACAAAAAAUCAUGUAUCUGACAGACGCCUACUUGAGAAAGACUGGAAAACGGUCCAAAGCCAAUAUCAUAUUCAAUACAUCUCUUGGAGCGAUAUUUGGUGUUAAGAAGUAUGCUGAUGCUCUGCUAAAGAUUAUCAAAGAAAGAGAUAUUACAGUGAACUACAAAUGGAACCUUGUGGAAGUCCGAGCAGAUAAGCAGGAAGCCGUAUUUGAGAACUUGGACAAAGCUGGGGAAACGCAAGUUUAUCGGUAUGAAAUGCUUCAUGUCACUCCACCCAUGGGCCCUCCUGAUGUCCUGUUAAACAGUCCAGUUUCUGACGUCGCUGGAUGGGUGGAUGUAAACAAGGAGACCCUGCAACAUGUGAAAUACCCAAAUGUUUUUGGGAUUGGAGACUGCACCAACCUCCCUACAUCCAAGACUGCUGCAGCUGUAGCUGGCCAGUGUGGUGUACUUGAUAAAACAAUUUCAUGUAUCAUGAAAGGCAAAACUCCCACUAAGAAGUAUGAUGGAUAUACUUCCUGUCCUCUGAUAACCAACUACAACCGAGCAAUCCUGGCUGAGUUUGAUUACAAUGCUCAGCCUUUAGAAACAUUUCCAUUCGACCAGAGCAAAGAGAGGUUGACAAGUUUUCAUAUGAAGGCUAAUGUGAUGCCCUAUCUGUAUUGGUAUGGACUUCUGAAGGGAUAUUGGGGUGGCCCAGGUCUAUUGAGGAAAAUAUUUCAUCUUGGGUUGAAGUAAUCGUUGAAAUCAUCUUCUGCCAGCUACAAACCAUGUAACACUUUUAAUAAUAAUAAUAAAGCCGUCAGAAAUUAAUAAAAUAACUUCUCUGUAGGAAUGCAGCCUUCAGAGUCCUCUGCACCUUAAAACAUAGGUACAGUUUUUCCUUAUUUCUGCACUUACAAGUAGCAAAUAUUGUCCAGUAAGCACACAGCCAGCUGCUAUAUUUUUAGCAAUGCCAGGUUGACAGAAUUAGCUUCUGUAAGCUUCAAUAUCUGCAGCUGUGGAUGUGUAACCUAAAAUGACCUUAUCUCGCCUUUACACGUUUUUUAAAAAAAUAAUCUGUUGACUGAGUGUUUUAAGUACAAAAUAUGUUGCUAACCGACACAUCAAGAGCCCCUUGCUUUGUUUUAAACAGAAAGCACGUGUUUCUUCAUUACUAAACGGAAAACACUCUGACCGUCCCCAAUUGAAUGCCGUACUAAAUUAGCUUUUCACGUUGUUUUAGUCAAGGUUUCCUAUGCCAGACCUUUUUCGACUAUGAUGUCUCUGCUCAAUUGAUAGCACUGUCUCUCAAUGGUUGGUGAAGUGUCAUAGCUCAGUGGACAGGUAAGAACUUUGCAAAGAGAAGGGACUGCUGCUUCAGUACCCAACAGAAUAGCUUUGAAAAAGUCAGGUAGCUGGAGACUUCAGAAAAUUCUCUUUUCCUGACUUGGUAGGGUCCUAUCCAGAUGAAUAAAAGGAUGCCCCUGUUGUCAUAAUGCAGCUUUCUGAAAACAGCAUUAAGCAAAAAAAAAAAAAAAAA